ACACCUAGUGGCGGAUAAUCAGGUUUCAUGCACUCGUCGCGUGACCCCUGUUGUGUUUGUCUAUCCCAACGGGUCACUGAAAUGUGUUGAAUAUUAAUUAUAUGGACGAGUCCAUUUAGAAAAAUCCACGUGGUUCAUUCAUGACUUUCAGCCAAAUUUCUAUCUUCAUCCGAACCGAAGAUAUAGUCCCCUAAAUUUAAGCCGAUUUUUUAUAAACGGCAAUAAAUUCCGAAACAUGCACCAUACAUCAUUGUAAAGUUCACGUUUUAAACUUUAAUUUGGUAUAUAAAUCAUUUUUCGGAAAUGAAGUUAACCGUCUCGCAUUUGUGCGGGAAUGUAGUCAUUUAUUCAAAUGAGCGGGUCACGCGCUGACCUGACCUGAUUGUCGGCCAUAUUUUUAUCGAUAUCGUAUUUAUAAACAAACUUUUAUAUCGAAGAAUUUGGUUACAAUACCAAUAGAAAACAACGAAACCUGAAUGAAUUCAAAACCAAAUGCAAGCACACCAGAAAAUGGCUGAUUACCCUGGGCCAUUCUGUCAGGAGUAUGGUAUCACAACCAUAGAUUUGAGCAAGGGUGCAAUUUUGAAACCAACACAAUCGCUGAAAAAUGGUCUUGUUCUUGAAAUAAAUAAGUUUGUGGAAGAACACGGACAGAAUUUUAGUCACUUGUAUAAUAUCAUUGCUCAGCUUAACCCGGCAUUCUCUAAGACAACAGUUAAAUAUCUCAAAAACAAAGUUUCAAGAACAUGUGAACAGAAAAAAAGCCUAUUAAGUAAGAAAAAAGUUCCAGGCGUGAAAAAUCUGAAAGACUUACUAAACCGUGAAUUUAAACCAACUGUGGGUAGCGCCAACCAAUCGCCUGAUGAAAUAAACUUAGAAAAAACUAUUUCACAGAUUGAAAACAUCAGUGUGUGUGAUGAUUCUGUUAAAUCACAGAACUUAUCUAACUAUGAGAGUCAGAAGUUGCAGAAACACAGUGCAAAACUUGAAAACAAAAUAAAAGAACAGAAAACAACACUGAAUGAAAUUGACAACAGAAUUGGCCAUUACUCAAUUCGAAACGUUAACAAACGUGACGAAACAGCCAAGAAGAACCUACAUUUGCUCCGAGAUAGCCAACGCUUGAAUCGGAAGCAAGAAAAAUCACUUGAAAAGACAUCUUCAGAACUAAAACAAUGUAAAAUAGAAAACUCCUCUUUCUCAGCAGAAAUUGUGCAAUUAAACGAAAAAAUUGAGUCGUUAAAUAAAGAAUUACAGACCUUGAAUGAAUGUGUAAGCACAGAAAAAAGGAAGAAAAUAUCAGCUCAGAAAUACAAUUCAUAUGUUCGGACUGAAAUGAAAUCAUUGAAAGAAAAAGUAACUGAAAAAGAAUUACAACUGAAAAAAUUACAGCAGCAAAAAUCAUGUACAGAUUGUGAAGGGAGAGAAAAUGAAAUUUUAGAACUGACUGAUCAUGUGAACAACUUGAUGGCAGAAAAAGUAAGAAUGAAAAAUGAUGAUGGAAGCUACUCAAAUGAAGUGCGCUUGUGUGUCAUGGAGUUAUCUGGUUUAGAAGUUGCUGUUGAAAAAGUGUCGCCAGUGAUCCAGGCUAUUUCCAAACAUUUGUUUCAUGUGAACUUAGAAAAAAAGGAUUUACCAUCAAGCACCACAACACAAUCCAUCGUUGAUGAAGGCCACUUCAUUGCAAAAUCCUACAUAUCUCAUCAGCUUUCUGAGACCGAAAAUUGGGGACUACACCGUGACGGCACAUCACGCAAGAAACAGAAACUACUUGACACAUCCGUGAGAUUGGCUUCCAGGGAAACAGUGAGUUUGGGAUUUAACAGAGUGGCCCACGAAACUGCAGCUACGAUUAACAGUGUAACAAAAGAACAUUUAAGUGAACUUGCUGAUUUACAUUCCAACAUAAAAACUGGAGAAUCUGAAGAAGACUACAUUAAAAAUUCUCUGAAAAAACUGUCAUACACAAUGAGCGAUAGAGCUGCGAAUGAGAAAAAAGCUGAUACACUUCUAGAUGAAUGGCGCUCAGAAGUUUUGGAUAACACUGAUAGUCACGAGCAAGUUCAUCACUUUCACUGCAUGGCCCAUGUCCUGCUCGGCUUCCAUAAUUACAUUUGUGGAACAGAUCUCAAAGAACACGAAAGUGCAAUAACCAAAGAACACGGUCCACUUGGACGUGACGUUUUACCAUUUUUCAAGUUCUGGAGCAAGAAAGGGACUGUUCUUGAACGAGCACUACGUACCACAUCUGAAGUGUUUGGACCUGCUGGGAACCAUCAUGGCGUGCGCAAUUCAUGGGAAGCCCACUGUGCUGAAAAUGGGGUAAAAUCUGUGAUUGGUAACUAUAGGGAUAACCGCUUUAAUGCGCUAUUUCAGACUGCUGCGGAAGUGUACCUUCAUCGGGAAGAUUUCAUCACAGUCUUGCAAAAUGUGAAGUCAAAUAAUCUGCUGGUCCAGUCUGUUCUUGCAGACCUACAGUCCAAGCCAAUCAUGGCUGAAAUACAGUCUUUAGGGUUGUUUUAUUUGCAACUGACUGGACCCUACUGGAACAUGGUAGUGAACGACACCGUGCCCUAUCUUCAGCUGUACAAAGAAGUUUAGGCCUUCCACAGCUAUCUGCAGGAAUUGGAACUGAAUCCAGCUG